CCACAGACCGAACUGAUCCCACGUGUGACGGAGCGCUGCAUUCCCGGUUUGCUGACACUGUAGCUCUGCUCCAUCUGCCGACCUACCGUCUGUGUGUAUCCGUUAGUCACUGCCUGUAGCUGGGUCAGAUAUGGAAGGAGACGGAAGCCAAGCCACGUCUGGAAACCCGACUGAUCCGCAACACGACCCGGGGAAAAUGUUUAUCGGUGGCCUCAGCUGGCAAACUUCACCAGACAGCCUUAGAGAUUAUUUUAGUAAAUUCGGGGAAAUCCGAGAAUGUAUGGUGAUGAGAGACCCAACGACGAAACGUUCCAGGGGCUUUGGCUUCAUCACUUUUGCAGAUGCUGCCAGCGUAGAUAAAGUCUUAGCACAGCCGCACCACGAGUUAGACUCUAAAAUGAUUGACCCCAAAGUUGCCUUUCCUAGACGUGCUCAGCCCAAGAUGGUCACAAGAACAAAGAAAAUAUUUGUAGGAGGAUUAUCAGCCAACACAGUAAUUGAAGAUGUGAAGCAAUAUUUUGAACAGUUUGGCAAGGUAGAAGAUGCCAUGCUAAUGUUUGACAAAACAACCAACCGACAUAGAGGUUUUGGCUUUGUAACAUUUGAAAUUGAGGAUGUGGUGGAAAAAGUCUGCGAGAUCCAUUUUCAUGAAAUCAAUAAUAAAAUGGUAGAAUGCAAAAAGGCCCAGCCCAAGGAAGUGAUGUUUCCUCCGGGGACACGAGGUCGGGCCAGGGGCCUACAAUACACAAUGGAUGCCUUCAUGCUGGGCAUGGGCAUGCUGAGUUAUCCUAACAUUGUAGCAACAUACGGCAGAGGCUACACUGGUUUUGCCCCAAGCUAUAGUUACCAGUUCCCAGGCUUCCCAGCAACGGCAUACGGACCGGUGGCAGCAGCGGCAGUAGCAGCAGUUCGUGGCUCAGGUAGGGGGACCCGUGGAAGAGGCAGUGGCUACACGGCAUACGGGCAGAACGCAGGGGCAGGGUUCCCUGAUUAUGGGUUGUAUUCCGGGGCCAGCGGUGACAUGCGGGGAGGAGCGCCCUACUCCCUGGCCGACUAUGGCUCCCUGGGCACCCAGGCGGCUGCUCAAAUCCUGCCCAGUGAGCAUGCCAGCUCGGCCUGCAACUCUCCCACCUCCCUCCAGCACCAUCUGCACAGCCCGGACCCUUUUAAGAGCCCAGGAACCAACCCCACCCGGCCUGGAGCCUUUCCUGGUGCCAACAGUCCCGGCCCUGUAGCUGACCUCUAUGGAACCGCCAAUCAGGACUCUGCUGUAGGCAACUACAUCAAUGCCAACAGCCCUCAGCCGGGCUCUGGCUUCAGCCACAGCAUUGCUGUGAUGCCAUCCAGCACUAACCACUACAGCAUCCACGCAGUGAGCCAGAGCGGAGGAGGCACCAGAUGAAGAACAGUUUGAAAGCAAAAGUCAAAAAUCAUCACAGAAAAAAAGAUGACAGUCCGUGAGUGGUGUAAAGCCUGACCUGCUAUGGAGAUCCCUCUAAAUGUAACUGGUGUCCUUGUGUAGAGAUUUGUUGGUUUAGAUUUUAUUUUCUUUUUACUUUUUCUUUUUUUUUUCUUUUUUCAAUUUAUUUUCUUAAAUUGUGAUAUUUUUUUUGUCUUGGACGUAAAAUCAGUA